UUUUUUCCCUUAUUUAUAUUGAAAUUGGUAACCCUAUAAUUUAUGUUUGACAUUUCUAUGUAAACAAACAAAUUUUGCAUUUUUUUUAUUAUUGUGUUAAAAAUACGAAGAAAAAACAUGAAUCCUUUAGAAAAAAUCCAUGUUUUAGAUGAAAUUGAAAAGGAAAUAAUAUUAUGUCUACAAUCUGCCGGUCUGGCACUCCAAGAACUAAGCAAAGAAAAGUCAUCGCAGAAAAAUGCCGAAACCCAGACACAACAAUUCACCAAAUCCCUCUCAAAUGUGGAAAUGAAACUCAGCGAACAAAUCAAUUAUCUAACACAAGUAUCAACAGGUCAGCCUCAUGAGGGUUCUGGUUAUGCCUCAGCUAAAGUUUUACAAAUGGCCUGGCAUCGCAUAUCACAUGUAAGGUCAAGAGUUAGAGAAUUAGAGGAGACCAAAGCCAAGUAUACACAUGCCGCUAGACAACAACAGCAACAGAGGCAGCAACAGCAUGCUGCUCAACAGGCUGCUGCCGCUGCCCAACAACAGCAGCAGCAAAUGGCUCAACAACAACAACAGCAGCAGCAACAACAGCAAUCCCAUCAACAAGAUUCCGGUUCAGCGGGAGGUUCUAAUGCUAAUGCAGGUGGUGGUAUUAUGCCGCAAGAUGUAACAAUGCAGCAAAGUGGUGGAAAUUAAAAUGUUUUUUAAAAA